AGCCGGUGAUCUAGCCCCGGAGACCAUCUCCGGCGCGGUGCCAAGCAGCGGGGAGGGGAGCACGGAGGGGCAACCUCUUGGGGACUAACUCAUGAAGAACAAGGGUGCCAAGCAGAAGCUGAAACGAAAGGGAGCCACCGGCGCCUUUGGCUGCGACCUGACGGAGUAUCUGGAAAGCUCAGGACAAGAUGUUCCAUAUGUAUUGAAGAGCUGUGCAGAAUUUAUAGAGACUCAUGGCAUUGUGGAUGGAAUUUAUCGGCUUUCGGGAGUCACCUCAAACAUACAACGGCUACGGCAAGAGUUUGGCUCAGAUCAGUGUCCAGAUCUGACCAGGGAAGUGUACCUCCAGGACAUCCACUGUGUGGGCUCACUCUGUAAGCUCUACUUUAGGGAGCUGCCCAACCCCCUCCUGACGUAUGAGCUCUAUGAGAAAUUCACGGAGGCAGUGUCCCGGCGCCCAGAAGAAGGCCAGUUGGCCCGAAUCCAAAAUGUUGUCCAGCAGCUUCCCCCGCCCCAUUAUAGGACCUUGGAAUACCUGAUCCGACACCUGGCUCACAUCGCCUCCUUCAGCAGCAAGACCAACAUGCACGCCAGGAACCUGGCCCUGGUGUGGGCGCCAAACCUCCUCAGGUCCAAAGAAAUCGAAGCCACUGGUUGCAAUGGAGAUGCAGCCUUCCUCGCUGUCCGGGUCCAGCAGGUGGUGAUUGAGUUCAUAUUGAAUCAUGUGGAUCAAAUCUUUAACAAUGGUGCACCUGGGUCUCUGGAGAACGAAGAAAACUGGCCCAUCGUGAAGAGCCUGACCUUGCCAGCCCUCUCCCUGCCCAUGAAGCUGGUGAGUCUGGAGGAAGCUCAGGCCCGGAGCCUGGCUACUAACCAUCCUGCCCGGAAGGAAAGGAGGGAGAAUAGCCUGCCCGAGAUCGUGCCUCCCAUGGGCACUCUCUUCCACACUGUCCUGGAGUUACCAGACAACAAAAGAAAACUCUCCAGUAAAUCAAAGAAGUGGAAAUCAAUAUUUAAUCUGGGACGUUCUGGAUCAGACUCCAAAUCCAAGCUGAGUAGAAAUGGGAGCGUGUUUGUGAGAGGACAGCGGCUCUCAGUGGAAAAAGCUACUAUCCGACCAGCCAAAAGCAUGGACUCGCUGUGCUCAGUGCCCGUGGAAGGUGAGGUUUUACAGUGGUGUUUGGAACUGGCGAUUACAGCUGGGAGACUGGAGGAAGGAGAUUUUAUUCCAGCCGCGAAAAUGCACGCGACCAGCAUUGGCAGCUCCUGCGACCUCACCAAGCAGGAGGGUGACUGGGGCCAGGAGGGGAUGCCAGCGGGGGCCGAGGGGGGCUUUGACGUGAGCAGUGACCGAAGCCAACCCCAGGGCGCUCAGGCCCGGCCCCCUCCGGAGCAGCUGAAGGUGUUCCGGCCCAUUGAGGAUCCCGAGAGCGAGCAGGCAGCCCCGAAGAUGCUGGGCAUGUUCUACACCUCGAACGACAGCCCCAGCAAGUCCGUCUUCACCAGCAGCCUCUUCCAGAUGGAGCCUUCACCCCGACACCAGCGCAAGGCGCUGAACAUCUCCGAGCCCUUUGCCGUGUCCGUGCCGCUCCACGUGUCGGCUGUCAUCAGCACCAACAGCACCCCGUGCCGGACACCCCCAAAGGAGCUGCAGUCUCUCUCCAGCCUGGAAGAGUUUUCUUUCCAGGGGUCAGAGAGUGGAGGCUGUCCUGAAGAGAAGCCCCCAGGAGCCGAGACUUCUGCAGCUUCGGUCCCUAAGAAGGCGGCUCUGGAGGAUGCCAAGCCAGAGCCAGGAGCAGCGAGGACAGUGGAAUGCAGCAAAGGCCUUUCUCUGGAGCCAGGAGCCCAGUUGGAGGAGAAGAAAACCUCAGAAAUCCCCCUGAGCUGUCAACAUUCCAGUGACUUGGAGAAGAGGCUGGAUCCAGAGAAGGUGGUGGAGGAGGAGCCAGAGGCCGGCCAGGUGGAGCCCAGUGCUCCGCAGGAGGGCCCCAUGGCCAGAGCAGAAGUGGUGUUCCUCCAUGAGAUGGAUGAAGAUGAUCUGACCAGCACCCUGAUCUGGCCUGAGAUUCAACAGGAGCUAAAAAUCAUUGAAUCUGAGGAGGAGCUGCCCUCGUUGCCACCACCUGCUCUGAAGGUCAGCCCAACUCAGCCCACCCUUGAGUCAAAUCCAAGGCCUUUUGCUCCCCCAGAGCCUCCUGGGAGCUUGCCUUGUGUCUGUAGCCCAGCUCCAGUCUCUGCCCCUCUGGAGGAGUGGGCUAGGGAUCCAGCCAAACAGAGCACAGAGGAGGCUCCCACAGCAGCCAACAGAGAGAAGCCAGAGGCCAUCAGCAGCCUCCACAGAUCUGAGACUGAGAAGGCUCCGUGCCCAGACCCCACCAGCCUGGCUCCUCUGGAAAUCAUUCCACUGGAGGCGGCUUCUCCACAAGCAAGGGUGGAGGUGGGAGGCCCGGGGAACCUGUCUCCUCUGAUCCCACCUGCUCCACCCCCUCCAACGCCUCUGGAGGAGGCACCUCGAGUCCAGCUACAGAAGGACGGCCCUGAGAGGGAAGACUCACCAAAGAAUUCGAGGACAAGUCCACACAUAGACCAGCCAAAACCCAAAGGCAGUCCUGCGAUCCCCAGUCUUUGUCAGGGAGACAAGGCCUCUCCCAGACAGUGUGAGAAGCUGAAGUCAAAGAAUGCUGCUCCCGAUGGAAAAGGUGCUGGUUUUCCAAGCCCAACAAGGGAGGUUGAGCUCUCCCCACCCGGAGAGGGGGAUGCAGCCCAUUCAACGCAGGAGCCCUCGGACGGCGAUGACGAUGACACCGGGACAGACGUGGCCCAGCACGGCCUAGAGAUGGUGGAGCCCUGGGAGGAGCCCCAGUGGGUGACGAGUCCCCUUCACUCCCCCACCCUGAAAAAUGGGCAAGAGGCCCAGGUGCAGGGCCUUCAGUGCCACCGGCUGGAGAAGAGGCUUUCCCACAGACCUAGCCUUCGUCAGAGCCAUUCCCUAGACAGCAAACCCACGGCUGAGAGCCAGUGGACUCUCAAGGGCCCCUCCUCCAUCAGCUGUGCUAAUCUUGAAGCCGAGAGGAACCCCGACCCGCUGCAGCCCCCAGCACCCAGGAGAGAGGUUACUGGAUGGGAUGAGAAAGCCCUGAGGUCCUUCAGAGAGUUCUCUGGCCUGAAAGGGAGAGAGGCUCUUCCCAGUCAGAAGAGACCGGGUGGUUUGCAGCCCAAACCAGCAGAAACCAGCCCUGUCAGCCUAGCAGAGGGAAAGGAACAGGGGACACACCUGGGGCACAGCAGCCCUCAGACUGAGCAAGGUAGUGUGCCCACACCAGAGAGCAGCAAGGAGAGCUCACCUCGUGUGCAGGACAGCACCCCGCACGAAGAGCAUCCCCCAAAGUUACAGCUGAAGAGCACCGAGUGUGGGCCCCCAAAAGGGAAAAAUAGGCCUUCUUCCCUGAACUUGGACUCUGCCAUUCCCAUCACUGACCUCUUCCGGUUUGAAAAUGUGGCCUCAUUUGGUUCACCUGGAAUGCAGCUCUCUGAGCCCGAAAACCCAAAGGUCACCUGGAUGACCUCAUCUCACUGUAAAGUAGACUCCUGGAGGGUUGACUCCCAGGACUCUCAGGACCUGGACAUGGUUGCUCAUGCCCUGACAGGCCGCCGUAAUUCGGCUCCCGUCAGUGUGUCAGCUGUGAGAACCUCCUUCAUGGUCAAAAUGUGCCAGGCCAGGGCGGUCCCCGUCAUCCCUCCCAAGCUUCAGUACACAGAGAUCCCACAGCCCCUGCCCUCUCAGAGCCCAGCGGAAGGUGGGGCUCAGCCUCCGGAGAAGAGCCCAGAAGAACCUGGAUCCACUGAUGUGACAUCCGGGAAACCUGCCAAAGGUGAUGCUCCCUCCCCCUCGGAAAGCCCCAAGGAAGAAAAGCCAAAGCAAGACACAGGAACCAAGGGGGCCUUGCCCAUGGAUGCCACUGCAUCCCGCACAUGUGAAGGCCCCAGCCUUUCUCCAGAACCAGGUUCGGCUAACCUGCUGUCCACCCAGGAUGCAGUAGUGCAAUGCAGGAAGCGCACAUCAGAGACAGAGCCAUCUGGGGACAACCUUCUUUCUUCAAAAAUAGAGCGACCAUCAGGGGGUUCUAAGCCUUUCCACAGGUCAAGGCCAGGAAGACCCCAGAGCCUAAUCUUAUUCAGCCCUCCUUUCCCCAUCAUGGACCAUCCUCCUUCUUCCACAGUGUCAGAUUCCAAGGUCCUGCUGUCCCCUAUCCGGAGUCCCACCCAGACAGUUUCCCCCGGCCUUCUUUGUGGGGAAUUGGCAGAAAACACAUGGGUCACACCAGAAGGGGUCACGCUUAGGAAUAAAAUGACUAUUCCUAAGAAUGGCCAGAGACUAGAGACCUCAACCAGCUGUUUUUACCAGCCUCAGCGGAGAUCUGUGAUUCUGGAUGGAAGAAGUGGGAGGCAGAUAGAAUGACUUCGCUUCACCUGCUGGUGUCUGAAAAAAACGCAUGAUUCAUUGGGAACUUACUACAGGCCAACUUACCUUUGGUCCAGACACAGGUUACCCAAGGCUAGGCUUGUUUGGGCCUCUUCUUCUCUUCCUUCAGCCUUCUGGCCAUUUAUUAAUCAGUCCAUUUGUCAAAGGAAAGGUCACGGGAAGGAUCAAGAGAUGAAAGUUAGAUAAGUCUUUAGGAGAAGGUGGGAAAGGUCAGAUAAGGGAGAGGAUGCAAUGCUUGCCCCAGUGAGAUCCGGGGCUGGUCUGUGAGCUGCGUUACUCCCCCAUUGGCAUUAUCUAUUCCUGUGGCAAGCUGGAUGUGACAAUGACUUGUGAAAGAAAGAGAGAUCCUUUGUGUUGAAAAAUGUUGCUACUGAGGUUUGAAGGCCUCCUCUUUACUUUGAGCUCUUUAAUGCGGUGUGAGAGUGUACUCUCCAGAAUAGAGCAGAUUUGGAAAAGCAAACUGACGCCCACUUAGAUCUCCCAGUGGGUGAAUUUGCUCAUGCUCUUUCCCCA